UGUGUGUGUGCAGCGGUACACAGACACACGGUUCCCCGGGUAUCAGAGCACUUCUCUCCGGGCUCAGAGAACAUGGAGCUCUCGGCGAAGGGAGAUCGAGUUUUCGCCGCCGAAGCGAUCCUGAAACGCCGCAUCCGACAGGCGAGACUUGAGUACCUUGUGAAAUGGAAAGGAUGGGCGAUGAAGCACAGCACCUGGGAGCCAGAGGAGAACAUUCUGGAUGACAGGCUGAUACUGGGCUUCGAGCGAAAGGAACGGGAGAGGGAGAUCCUCGGGCCGAAGAAACGAGGACCAAAACCCAAAAAACAGUCCAUGAAGGCUAACGCUCAGACCGGAGGAAGCCGAGCCUCAAACUCCCGCCCGCCUGCAGCUCGCUCUACACCGGGUCGAGCGAAUCCUUCCUCCUCCUCCUCUUCCUCACCUCAUCCACCCUCCUCCUCCGUGGCUCCUUCUCCCAAGCUCAGCUCCCUGGCCACCACCCACAAGCUGAAGAAGGACAUCCACCGCUGCCACCGGAUGUCGCGCCGCCCGCUGCCGCGCCCCGACCCCUCGGCCGGGUCCUUCCCCGGUCAGACCUCCAAGAUCCACGUGUCCCCGUUCUCUGAAACCGUCCGGAUCCUCAACCGCAGAGUGAAGCCGCGGGAGGUGAAGAGAGGCCGCAUCAUCCUCAACCUGAAGGUAAUCGAUAAGCCGGUUCGAGGAGGUGCUUCUGGAAGGAAUCACACGGUCGGGGGUCGGCAGAACAUCCCGUCCCGAAACCGAAUCAUCGGGAAGAAAGCCGAGGGUCCUUACCGGCCCUUCCAUUCCCCGCUGAAGAUGCUGGGCUUCCCCAUGUACGGGAAGCCAUUUGGGCUCCAGUGUGGAGGACCAGUGACCUUCAGCUCUGCCCAGUAUAACUCCGCCCCCUCCCAGCAUAACUCCUCCCCCUCCCCGUAUAACCCCUCCCCCUCCCAGCAUAACUCCUCCCCCUCAAGUUCAGAAGGAAAAUCCACAACAGGAGUCUCUGUCCCUCCUUCCAGCGAAGCUCCAAAGUCCAGUAACCCCGUUGGAGCCUCAUCGUCUUCCUCAGUGAAAGACCAGGAGGACGAGACCCCGAAAGGCAGGAAACGCCAGCUGCCCGACGACCAGAGCCCCGGCAACGAGACCCCUGCAGAACCCCAAAUAGCGGAGGGAAACCCCAACUGGCACCCUGAGAUGGCGCCCAGCUGUAAAGACGUGGUGGUCACUGACGUCACCUCCAACCUCCUCACCGUCACCAUUAAAGAGUUCCCCUCCCAAAACACCGCCCAGUCCGAAGACCCCGAGACAUAGGAGAGCACAUGUUCUGAAGGAGAACGUACCGAGACCCAGAAAGUCUGUUUGCAGCUCAUUUAAGAUAAGACUUUAUUCACAGUUACAAAAAUACAAUAAUCACAGCAAAAUGCCCUGUCGCGGCCUAAACCCCCAAAACACUCCAAAACGUUCCAGAAGCCAUUUUGUAACUAUUGUCCACAUAAGCUAUAAUGCUAAUUAACACAAUGCUAGUUUACAAAACUCCGGCGGUUUCUAUGUUCUGGAGACCCUACUAUACAUGUCUAUCGUAACACUUUGGGCUCUCAACACAGGACUCUGUGAGCUGCAGACAGACCCUAAAGGGACAUGGACAAAAGAAAAAGCCAGUUCUUUUCUCGAGUCACAGAUACUGAGAGAAUCACGGACAUGAAUUCAUAGAUCGAUGCAGACUGGUUUACAGACUCUCUCGCUAUCUGUUUUGCAGAUUUAUGCUGAGAGUGUUAAUACCUCGUGCUGUAAACACAUUUUAAAGCCCCUUAGACGAGUGUAAUUUGUGAUAUGUGUGGCAAUAUGAGUGAUAUAUCGAUUGUCCAAGCGCUUAAACAAAUAGCUCUAGGCCGAAAUGUCCUUCAAAUGAAGUCCGACAGUCACAGGAAGUUGUCCAUGUCCCUUUAGUACCUCGGUACAAAUGCCAUUGAUGAAGGAGGACAAAUAUCAGUGUUGCCCCCCUCCUCCCUUUUCCCCUUAGGUGUGUUUAGUUUUGCAAUGAAUGAAAUGCAAAGUAUCCGAACACCGCCCAGCCAUUGAAUAGUAAAAAGAAGAGCAUAUUUUUUUUACAAGAAGUGUAUCCAUUUGAAAACGGGCAGCUAAUACGCCCUCAAAUUGCCAUAUUUUGUCCACAUGCACACAGCACUGACUCUGACUCGUGGAUGGAGGUGCCGUUUGUUUCCUCUCACACACACACACACACUGGCUUCAGGUUGUGUGAGCUUUUAUCAGCCUGAAGGAAACACUCUUUGAUCCACAGGGUGUGAAGCCCCUCCUUCCCUUUAGUCUCACAUUGCAUCCACACAGCGAGGUAAACACAAUGCACUUGACUGCAUCGAAAAACAACCGAUUUGUAUGUAGUUCAUGAAUAUUUGAAGGCCUUUUCCUCCUCCUCCUCCUGCUCUCUUGAACGCAUAUACAUCCAGUAUUUAUAUGCACGCACAACCUAAAAAGCUAAAACAGUAAGUUAUUGCUCUCUCUCUCUCUCUCGCUUGCCUUGUGUUCUCACGUACCCCCGCCUCCUGUCACUCGUCCGACUCUAAAAGUGAGUUUUUCUUCUUAGGGUUAGAUCUAAGGUCCACGAGCUGAACACACUUCAGGCCGAAGCUCCAACGAAACGCAGCUAAAUCAGUGUUUUAUUAUUCAGUGUGAACAUGUUUCCAUCACUUUCCUGUUCGCUGUGCUUUUAGUAGACGUCUUUGCAAACACCCAGAUAACGCCCGACAUAUUGGACUAACAAAUCUCCACCGCUGACCCGAAACAACGCCAGAAAACCCCUUUAAUACAAACACAUCUCUAGGAUUUAAACCGUGAAACAGCAGAAAUACUACGCCCUCACGCCCUCAUCGAUUGUAUUUGUUACAUUUUUUUUACAUUCAUUAUCUUGGGAAAUGAUCCAAGGAAAGCAUUUGUGAUUUUGAGAUAAUGCCGAAAAAUAAUUUGUGAUUGUGACAAUUUUAUUCUCGAGAUCAAACGUGAAUUAUCUUAAUUAAACAAUUAGUGCAUUUUCCCAAGAAACCAGGAUAUAUAAUUAGGAGUAAUGGAACUUUAUUUAGAUAUUGAUUGAUAUAUAAUCACAUUAAUUAAUAGGGUUUUAUAUUUGUAUUAUUUUAAGAUAAGUGCGAACAAACCUUGUGAUCCAUUUUAUACGUUUUAUCAAGAUUAAACGUUGUUUGUCAUUAUCUCUAAAUAACAGAUGUUGUUUCUGCAACAACACAGGAUCAUUUUCUAUAGACAACAACAAGAUACUCACAUAAUCACGUUAACGUACAGCAGGGUUCUGUCUGCACCCUCAAACCAAAAUGCAGAUUUUCCUCGUACAAUGUUAAAGUGGUCCCAGAAAACAAUAUUUCUGAUCCUCAAAAACGGUAUAAUUCCUCCAGAAAUCUGAGCAUCAUACAGAGCGUCAGACGGAGGAGACGGCUUUGUUUUUACAGAGCUCCGACGUCACUUUUUUUGUUUACGUCAGGAGACAUCUUGUUUACGUCAGGAGACAUCUUGUAUACGUCAGGAGACAUCUUGUUUAUGUUACGUCAGGAGACAUCUUGUUUACGUCAGGAGACAUCUUGUUUACACCAGGAGACAUCUUGUUUACGUCAGGAGACAUCUUGU